AUGGAAGAAAUAAUAACCACCCUACGCUUAAUUCAAAAAGAUCUCGAAGACCAAAAAAUCGCAAUAAAGGAAAGCGGUAUAGAAGUUGCAAAAACAGUUACGGAUAAUGUGAAUCUGAUUUUAGACGAAAAACUAAGUCAACUUGAACAAAAAUAUAAAACCCUAGAAGAACAAUUUGAAAUGCAGGAACAAAGACUUCAUAUAUUGGAGAAACAGGCAAGAAAUCGAAAUAUUGUAUUUUUUGGCAUUGAAGAACACAACUCAAUCUACUCUUACUCGGAUUUAGAAACGGAAAUUAUUAAUUUCACAUCAAAAUAUCUGGGAAUCAAACUAGACCGAAAAGAAAUUCAAGAAAUCAGAAAAAUAGGGAAAAAUACAAAGAAACCUAGGCCUAUUGUUAUGACACUGACCACAGUUGGUAGAAAAAUUGAAAUUCUCAAACAAAAGAAGCUAUUGAAGGAUUCAAACUACUACAUUAAGGAAGAUUACCCACAGCAUAUUCUAGAGAAACGGAGAAUGCUACAGGAACAAGUAAAAGUUGAAAGAGAUAAGGGUAACAAAGCUAUAUUAAAAUACGAUAAAAUAGUUAUAAUAGGAAAACAAGAAAUAAAUAAUAAAUUAGGAAAGAGUAAACGAUCUCUCCCGACAUCGCCUCCAGAAACCGAUAAUCGCAUUGAUUCAUCACCUAGAACUCAACCAAAAAAGAAAAACAAACCUGCAUCAAACACCUCACAGGGCACAACUAGUUGUUCUGAAAAUAUAGUCAAGGCAGGGAUCUUCAACUAUUUGAUCAUAGAAUGGCCAAUAAGCCUUUUGGCAACUGUUUACAAGCUUUUCUCUUCCAUAAUUAAUCGAAGAAUAUCUGAAACUUUAGAAAAGAGACAGCCCAUAGAGCAAGCUGGCUUCCGUAAGGGAUAUUUAACCGUAGACCACAUACACACGCUGGAACUUAUUAUCGAAAAAUACCAAGAGAAGCAAAGACCGCUCUAUAUAGCUUUUAUAGAUUACCAGAAGGCUUUCGACACAAUUUCACACACAAGCAUAUGGGAGGCAUUAAAUCAACAAGGAGUGGAAAGUGAGUAUAUACAAGUUAUAAAAAAUAUAUAUAAGAACAGUGUCAGUAAAGUCAAACUGGAAACAAUUGGCCCUGAUUUUAACAUCAAUAGAGGAGUGAGACAAGGGGAUCCAUUGUCUCCAAAACUAUUUAUUGCAGUAUUGGAAUCAAUUAUAAGUCAAUUAGACUGGAAAAACUAUGGCUUGUAUAUCAAAGGUGACUGCUUAAGUCAUCUAAGGUUCGCAGAUGACUUAGUACUGCUAUCUGAAACCGGUGGUAACUUAGAGCGCAUGAUACAGUCAUUACACGAAGCUAGCAGACAAGUCGGAUUAGAAAUUAAUCUGAAAAAAACAAACAUCAUGACAAACAGUUGUAGAAGAACCAUCUCACUAGAACACAAACCAAUACUGUACGUGGAACAAUAUAUCUACUUAGGAAAGCAGAUAGCACUGGACAACAAUAGCAAUGAACUAGAGGUGGAGCGCAGAACAAGAAUUACGUGGAAUAAGUUCUGGAGUUACAGAGAAGUAAUGAAAAGUAACAUGCCAACAGAAGUGAAAAAGAAAAUCAUGGACACUUGUAUAUUGCCGUGUCUUACAUACGGUUGCCAGACGUGGAAAUUUACGCGUAACAUUAAAAAUAAAUUAACAACGUGCCAGAGGGGAAUGGAACGCAGCAUGCUCAACAUAAAAAAGACACACAGAGUGCGUCAUACAAAGAUAAGAAGCAUAACCAAAACAGUGGACGCUCUCAAAUAUGCUCAAAGACUGAAGUUUAAGUGGGCUGGCCACGUAGCACGACUCAGGGAUGGGAGAUGGACAUCGAAAGUAACUGCAUGGGACGGUCCACAGGGCAAGCGGCGCGUCGGCAGACCGUACACGCGUUGGGAGGAUGAUAUUAGAAAGGUUGCUGGACCACACUGGAUUUAUGUCGCCAGAGACAAAGCAGAGUGGAAAUCUUUGGAGGAGGCCUUUACCUGA